UUGGUUUUUGAGGAGAGAGAAAAUUUCGCCAAACUUUCUUUUCAACAAAACGCUUUCAAUAUCUCAUUUUUAAUGCUACCCACCUCCUAUUUUUAGCUAAUUUCAUCUUCCCCUCUUUCUCACCUUCUUUCUCAUUGCCCAGAAAUUUUUUCCAAAUACCCAGAAAAUUAAUUUUAUUUCUGCAAAGAAUAAUCUGAGACUGUUGAUUUACUGACCGUUAUUUUCAUCUUAGUGGCAGGAUCAACAGUCUCAUAAAUAAUCAUCUAAACUUUAUUUGGAACAACCAUUUUAAUUAGUUUUAUGUGACGAGUUUCGUGAACUUUGGCGAAGAACCAAUUUGUUAGAUCAAAUGAUGGAACAUCAAAUUGAGAGUGAAAUAAGUAACAAAAACAAUAAGGAAGACGAUGAAAAAUCUAUUCAAGAAGACAGGCUAAGAUCUUCCUCCUCUGUUUCUUCAAUAUCAGACAUUGAAUCAGCAAUAACUGAUUUUUCAUGUGAAGAUUCAUCUCAAAUAGAUAGAAACGAAAAUGGUAGCUUAUCUAUUGAUCGUGAGCAAUGUGAUGGUCCAGAUCAGACACACUUGGGUGAUGCAUCAGCAUUAAAAUCCCCACCUGCCCAAGUAAUGGAGCGGCCUGCUGAUACUUCUGAUUACAGAAUUCCUUCAUAUGUGUUCGCCACAAGUAAACCAAAUAAUCAAGAAUGGAGUACGACUUCCAAUGAGUCGUUAUUUAGUAUAUAUACCGGGAAUAUGAGUUUCACUCGAGAUCAGUUUAGUUGGUUGCUAGAUCCUGAACUGCUUGGUGCUUACGGGCCAGGUGAUAUUCGUAAAUCAGGGGAACUCCCUCCACCUUCACCAAGACAAGUGAAAAAAUCAGAACACAAAACUGUAGAUAUACAUAAAGAGGAGCAAAUGCCGACUACAUCCCAGGAGACGCUUAAAUCAGGUGAAGAAAUAAUAGCUGCUCAUUUUAAGACAUUGCCUGUAACUCCACCUCCGUCUCAAGGAAGAAAUACAGCUCGUGUUGAUGAAGCCACUUAUUUGGGUUUUGGGAUGAUGAAAAAAGACGAUUUAGCUUGGGAGACGAAAGGAAAAAUAUCUUCAGCUUCAGAUGAUAUACAUCUUUCAAACUCAUGUAUAUCACACCAUUCAGAUGCAAGUGGCCAGUCUUUUGCAUUUCCAGUGCUUGCAGAAAUUGGAAGAGAUAAAUCAGUAAAUUCAGGGCACAGUCAUGUACGAGCAAAUCAACGAAAGAACUCGGUUGUGGUAACAGAUCAAGAGGCAACCAAGUCUCCCAAGUCUCCGAAGUCUGCCAAAGCGACAACUGAAGUAGCGCCUACAUAUUGUUCAUGGUUUUAUUCUUGUUUUUCUUGUUGUUCAUGCUGUUGAGACAGUAACUCAAGGAAACAUGCAGAUAGCAUAAGGAGUAAUUUUCAUUAGUGUACUUUAGUCAUCCCUUCUCACCACCCUGAAUUCUUCUUAUUUUUCUAUUAAGUUUCACUAAUCAUUCAUGUAGAGUUUUUCGUGUUAGAGUUUUCAGUCAAUUUAUGUUUAAAGAUAAUGUUCCCCUUUUUGUAACUAUCAUAGCCUUAGUCAUGUAG